CCACUGUGCAUCAAACAACAACAAAGUCUACACAAAAUCUCAGUCCAGAUUCAUUUAACACCUAAGUAAUACAUAUGCAUUCAGGUAUCUCGGCAUACAGUCACUACCUCAAUGGCCCAACUGCGAUUUUAUAGGCUAUCCUACCGUGCCCCACACCAUUCCAUGCAGAAUGACGAGAUCUAUCCAUCCCAGAAGUUUCAGAGAUAUCCCAAGUACUGGGGCGAAUGUCAGCAGGAUAUACUAGUAAAACUCACUAUUUUACUACUAUUUAUUGGUGGACGCGUUACUUUCAGUCGACGAUACCCCACUUAUGUUACACCAUUCGAUGCAGAAUGA